AUGUCAUUUGAGUCAGGCAAGACCCCAACUUGCCUUAUCUGGACCAACCAGGGGUUCACGGUCCGCCGUGACACCAAGCUAGUUGUGUAUUGCACCUUCAACUGUGAGCAAGAGUGCAAACCUCUCAUGUACAGUGGUCACCCACCUGCUGUGCAGCUCCACAUGCAGGUCAAUUCAACCACUACAUUCUUCCGCAUGGAUAACAUCACCGAACAUCGGACCUUCAGCUGCGUGUGCGACUGCUCAGGCAAGCAGCAACAAUUGUGUGGAAAGGACAUCAAAGCUGGAUAUCCACCUGAAAUGCCACAGAACAUUCUUUGCAAGUACCUAGUGGUGAGCAAUCAGACUGGUGAGGUGCGUUGUUCCUGGGAAAGAGGCCGUGAAACACACCUGAAGGCUCCCACUGAGCUGUGGGAGACUCUUAGGAGGUGCAAUCUUGCGGGGUCUCUAAGGGGCUCGGUUUGCGGGCGUAAAGUCUGCAUGGUUGGACGAGGGCAGGGUCAAACAGAAAGGGUGACCCUUGUAAAAGAUUCCUCACCUCCAUUCCAAAAAUCGAUCCGACCAACUAAUCCCCCAUCGGUGAAGUUUUCAGUGUCCAACAGAGUCCAUUUCAUCUCAGUCCAGGUCCGCAUCCAUAAUGCUUUGGGGUCAGCAGAGUCGCCGCCCGCCAACUACACCCUCAGGGAUAUAAAGAUCCCUACUGCCCCAGUUAUUGAGGGGGCUCAGUGCUCCUCCAGGAGGUGCAACAUCAGUUAUUGGCAGCGUGUGAAGACGGAGCAUCUUGAGGUCCAGUAUGCUACAGAACCAGGGCGGUGGGCCAGGUUUUCAAUCUCGAAUGUGCCCAUUGCGUCGGAUCAACUGCAGUCCAAUACGAAUCUGGAGCCCUUCCAGCUGUACCAUUUCAGAGCCAGAGCAAAAUUCAGUACUGGUCUGUGGAGUAACUGGAGCAACGUCAUCUCCAAUUGGACUGAGGAAGAAGCACCUGCCAAAGCACCAGAUGUGUGGUACACUCGGUCUUCCCCUGAAUCCAAUUCCAUCAGGCUCUACUGGAAGCCAAUGACCGGCGCCAAUGCCAGGGGUAAGAUUAUAAGGUACUUGGUGACGGUUCACUUCUCCAACUCUGGAUGGCUGUUCUUGGCCAAAAACAUCAGCGCAAACACCACAAGCACUUCAAUUGCACUUUAUCCUGGGUGUCAAGUGAUGGUUCGUGCCCUCAACUCCAGAGGGACUUCGCCUCCAGCCAGGAUUAGCGCCUAUCGUGUCAAAGCAUCAGUCCUGUUGGACAUACAGGUGAAGGGAGGUAAUCACAGUGUUAACAUCACUUGGAAAGGAACGGCGUUGGGUACUGUGGCCCACGUGGUGGAGUGGUACCGUGAAGGGUUGAAACUACAGGAAUUGCACUGGCUUAGAUUGGCUGGAGAAGAACGUCAGGCUGUCAUCACAGGUUUGAACGCUUCUGAGUGCUACAAAAUAGCUGUGAACAUUCUCUACAGCGAUGGGACAAUGACCACUAGAAUCUUCGGAUACAGCACCAGUCAAUCAGGUAAAAGGAUGCAACCGUUCAGGAUACGCAAGAGCGUAGCCCCCCAAGUCGGUCUGACGGUUCAACCAGAAGUGGACGGCAACAAAGUGACUGUGACAUGGGAAGAGCUUGAUAGGGCUCAGCGUGACGGGUGUAUCACAAAUUACACUAUCUACCUGGAAGGCAGCAAUGGGGAUGCGCAGCAAUACUCUGUUCCAGGUACUAAGCGGGCAUUUGUCUUGGAGGACCAGCCUCCGGGCGUCCAUAGUCUGUGGAUGACUGCUUGGAAUUCUAAGGGGGAGAGUCCACCUGGUCAAAAAGUCAAGUUUCUUAUCAGAGAGGGAACCUCAUUUUUCCUCCUGGUUGGGUACCCGCUACUAGCUGUGGUGUUUCUGCUGCUGUGCAUGUGCCAUAUUACAGCCGUGAGGAAGAGGUUGUUGCUGCUAUUCCACUGCUUCAUGCCUCAAGUGGUGCCAGAUCCCGCAAAUAGCAAAUGGGCAAAGGAAUGCAGCCAGGACAAGGGUAAAAUGAAGCCGCAAUUCCAGCAGAGCGAAGCCGUUGCAACCGAGGAGGAAGAACCCAUCAUCAGCAUCAUCACAAGCCCGGAGGAGCUGUCCAAUCAGCACACAGAGGAGGCGGGCUCUCCAUCAAACAAUCCCUCAAUACUUCGGAAGACCCUCACUAUUUACAUAAAGAGUGACUCCCGCGACUUGGAUAGCUCUGAGCAAACUCAAAUCUCAUUGGACUCAAAUUCAACGACUGACGAUCGCACACCAGACAGACACCAGGCCGAGGAGAAGGAAGGCGUGGUUGAAGAAGAGAACGAGGAAGAAGAAUUUGCAGAGACGCUAAAUUCACUGCCUGAAUGGACCUUGGGUACCAACCCAGUGGAACCACAGAUCUUCAAGAAGUUGACCCUGGAUUCGGUCCGCAUCGAUUGCAGCAACCUCUUUGAGAACUGCUGA